UAAAGAUAAAACUUCAUGAAGAAAACAUUAUUUAGAAUUCAUUCUCAUGUUUAGAUUAUAUGACAUUGUUGUUGUAUUCUAUCAACUGAUUGCAUUGAAUAAUUAUUAUGUUGACAAUUUGUAUCUAUCACCUGACAUCUCUUCACGUACAUUUAUUGUUUAUGAUCUGUCUGGUUCUCCUGGACAAGGAUAUUACAUGACAGUUUAUGUUGGAAGACCAGGUCAAAAGAUGCAAUUACUUGUUGAUACUGGCAGUAGUAACUUAGCCUUAGCUGGUAGAUAUUUAAAAAAUGUCGAUCAUUGGUUUCAAUCGAACAAGUCAUCAACAUUGAAAUGUAAUAGCCAUUUCAAUCAACAUGUACAUUAUUUGAAAGGUUAUUGGUCUGGUAUUUAUUGUCAAGAUGAAUUUGAUUUUACCAAAAAACAAGGUUCAAUGAUCAUCAAUCAUCAUUAUUCAAUGAUCAAUGAUAAUAAACUUGAUAUGAUAUUUAGUUUAAUUAAUAAAUCAAAAAAAGUAUUUCUAUCACAUACUACUACUCAUUUAACAUGGAAUGGAAUAAUUGGAUUAGGAUUUGCUUCAAUUUAUGUGAAACCACGAUCAAUGAAAAGGAAGUAUGAUGAUUAUCAAAACAAUAAUGUACUUAUGGACAGAGUGAAACAAUCAAUGAAUAAAAUUGUUUCAGACGAUCAAUUAACCUAUUUAGAUCAAUUGAAUUCUCAGUGGGAAAUUCAUAAACGUUUUGGAUUAUUGUUAUGUGGCACUACGUUGUACACUAAUCGAAAUAUGAAUUCAUUACAAAUGUCAGGCAGAUUAAUUAUUGGUCAAACUGAUAUAAAUCUCUUCUGGCCAUUUGAUAAUGUUUCACUAUUGAAAAUGUCCAAGUUUAAACCAUCAACAAUUUAUUUUACACCAAUACGAAAAGCAUGGUAUUAUGAAAUUAUUUUAACAAAUCUAUUGAUUGAUAAAUAUAGUUUAGUCGAUAAUUGUAAAGAGUUAAAUUUAUACAGAACAAUCAUUGACAGUGGAACUACAAAUAUAUUUUUACCUGUAAAAAUAUUUCAACGUUUAACACGUAUCAUUCUAAGGAAAUUUCUCACCAAAAAUACACUAUUUAAAGAUAUUCUAUUUAAACAAUUAUUUUGGACUGGUAAAAAAGCUUAUUGUUUGCCUAAUAUGAAUAAUAAUAAUAAUAAAACAAGAAAGAAUGAAGAACUAAUAGGAUUAUUUUACAAAUCAUUUCCAUCAUUGGAAUUUCAAUUAGUUUCAAGUAUCAAUACAACAAGUCAUGUAUUAUCGUUGAUGUUUUCACCGCAGCAAUAUAUACGAUAUCUUGGUCGAAUUAAUCAAAAGAAUCAAAGUAAAGAUUGUUUUGCAUUUGCCAUACAAUCAACUCAUAAACAUACAAUAUUAGGUUCAAUAUUUCUUGAAGCUUAUUAUACUAUAUUUGAUCAAGAAACGAUGCAGAUUGGUUUCACUAAUUCACCAUGCAACUCGUAUACACACAAUCCAAGUAUACCUAUAUCCAAAGUGAAUGGAUUAAAACGAUGGAGUGAAGAAACUUUCAAAUUUUUAUCCUCAUCAGCAUCAAGAUCAUCAUUAUCAAUGAGAAAGUAUCGAAAACGCAUCAUCAAUAUUGAACAUCAUGUGCAUAAUCGUUUAUCUCCAUUAGAUUGUGCUGUUUAUAGACCAAUAGAAUCGGACAAAUUAGUAUACUUUAAAGAAUUAUAUUCUACCAUAUUUUGGUUAUCUUUCAUAAUUCAUUUCUUUUUUAUUCCUUUAUUUAUUUUGUUAAAAAUUAAAUAUACAAUAACUGAUAACUAAUAACUGGUUUGUGUGUUUGUUUUUGCGUCCUUCACUAUUGAACAGUAGUUAAAAAAUGUACUAUUUUUUUUCUUGUUCAAAACUAC